AAGGAAUACGAAGUAAUGUAUUCAUCUUGUGAAACCACCAGAAAUACUAUAGGCAUUGAAGAAUCAACUGAUGGAAUGAUUUUAGGGCCAGAAGAUCUGAGUUACCAAAUAUAUGACGUUCCUGGAGAAAGCAGUUCAGCAAUUUCUACAGAAGACCUAAAAGAAUGUCUGAAGAAACAAUUAGAAUUCUGUUUCUCCCGAGAAAAUUUAUCAAAGGAUCUUUACCUGAUAUCUCAAAUGGACAGUGAUCAGUUCAUCCCAAUUUGGACAGUUGCCAACAUGGAAGAAAUAAAAAAGCUGACCACAGACCCUGAUCUAAUUCUUGAAGUGCUGAGAUCUUCUCCCAUGGUACAAGUUGAUGAGAAGGGCGAGAAAGUGAGACCAAGUCAUAAGCGUUGUAUUGUGAUUCUUAGAGAGAUUCCUGAAACAACACCUAUAGAGGAAGUUAAAGCCUUGUUCAAAAAUGAAAACUGCCCCAAGGUGAUAAGCUGUGAGUUUGCACACAAUAGCAACUGGUAUAUCACUUUCCAGUCAGAUACCGAUGCACAACAGGCUUUUAAAUACUUAAGAGAAGAAGUUAAAACAUUUCAGGGCAAGCCAAUCAUGGCAAGGAUAAAAGCCAUCAAUACAUUUUUUGCAAAGAAUGGUUAUCGAUUAAUGGAUUCUAGUAUGUAUAGUCAGCCCAUUCAAACUCAAGCACAGUAUGCCUCACCAGUUUUUAUGCAGCCUGUAUAUAAUCCUCACCAACAGUACUCGGUCUACAGUAUUGUGCCUCAGUCUUGGUCGCCAAAUCCUGCACCUUACUUUGAAACGCCACUGGCUCCUUUUCCCAAUGGUAGUUUUGUGAAUGGCUUUAAUGCACCAGGAUCUUAUAAAACAAAUGCUGCUGCUGUGAAUAUGGCUCGACCAUUCCAAAAAAAUCGUGUGAAGCCUCAUUUUAGGUCAUCGAGUGGUUCAGAGCACUCAACAGAGGGCUCUGUAUCAUUGGGGGAUGGACAGUUAAACAGAUCUGGUUCAAGGAACUUUCCAACUGAACGGCAUAACCCUACAGUAACAGGGCAUCAGGAGCAAAGCUAUCUUCCAAAAGAAACUCCCCCUUUACAGAUGGAACAGAAUGGGGACUAUGGUAGGGGCAGGAGAACUCUUUUCAGAGGUCGAAGACGACGAGAAGAUGAGAGAGUCCCAAGACCCCAGUCUUCAUCAGCUGAAGCAAAGGCUCCAACGCCAAAGUUUGAUUUAUUAGCCUCAAAUUUUCCUCCUUUACCUGGAAGUUCAUCAAGAACUCCAGGUGAACUUGUUUUGGAGAGUAGGAUGUCUGAUGUUGUUAAAGGUGUCUACAAAGAAAAGGAUAACGAAGAGUUGAGAGUUAGUUGCCCAGUGCCUGCAGAGGAUGAACAGACAGACUGCACCUCUGCCCAGCAACUCAGUAUGAGUACCAGUCCUCCAUGUACCGCUGAGCUUCCUGCACUAAGCACAACUCAGCAAGUAAAGGAUCCAAUAGAGGAUUCCACUGUUCCGAAGGAUGUUCUCAACCAGACAACUAUACCAGUUUCUUCCCCGAGUACUGCAAAGCCAUCAAGGACAAAUAGUGCUUCACCAUGUAAUAGUAACAUAAAUGCAGCUGUAGCUAUGGCCCUACAGGAACCCCGAAAGCUAAGUUAUGCUGAAGUGUGCCAGAAGCCCCCUAAAGAACCAUCUCCAGUUCUUGUGCAGCCACUACGAGAACUUCGCUCCAAUGUAGUGUCUCCCACCAAAAAUGAAGAGAAUGGAGCUCCUGAGAAGUCCAUUGAGAAAUCACAUGAGAAGCCAGAAGCAAGGGCUAGUAAGGAAUAUUCUGGUUUCCGAGGCAAUACCAUUCCCAGGGGAGCAGCUGGAAAAAUCAGGGAACAGAGACGCCAGUUUGGCCAUAGGGCUAUACCUCAGGGAGUGACUCGACGUAAUGGCAAAGAGCAAUACGUGCCACCCAGAUCACCAAAGUAA